AUGUACAGAGGACCAAAGUUUGUACAUGCGUCAGGGGAUCUGCCACCAGACAAUGCGCCAGCAAACUGCCCCGGACCUAAGAGCGCAACUGCUGGCAGUGCAAGUUCAUGCGCUGGCUGCCCAAACCAGGCCUUGUGCGCUAGUGGUGUUGCCAAUUUGCCACUAGAACAACGCGAACCUGAAGUCGUCGCUGAACUGCGCAGACGUCUUGGUCGUGUUAAACGCUGCCUUUUCGUGCUCUCAGGCAAAGGCGGUGUUGGAAAGAGUUCCGUGUCCGUUUGCCUGGCCCGAGCACUCUCCCAACGCAACAACUGUUCUGAACAAGUUGGACUUUUGGAUUUAGAUCUGUGUGGCCCAUCCGUGCCUUGCUUUAUGGGCUGUUUGGAUGCUGAGGUACAUCAAAGCGCCACAGGGUGGUCACCAGUUUUCGUGACCGACAACUUGGCUUUAAUGUCGCUCGGCUUUUUGACUACGCCCGACCAAGCGAUUAUAUGGCGAGGACCGAGAAAAAAUGCCUUCAUUCGUGAUCUUCUCCUUAAAGUUGCGUGGACUGACGACGAUCCAGACGCGCCUCCUCUCGAUUACUUGAUUAUUGACACCCCACCGGGCACAUCAGAUGAGCACUUAUCGGCUGUGCCUUACGUCAGAGCGGCUGGUUGCCCAACUGCCGCCUUGAUUGUCACAACUCCGCAAGAAUUAGCUCUAAGCGAUGUUAGAAAGUCUGUGUUCGAUUUUGUGAUUCCGACUGAGCUUUCUAAUUCACAGGAAAUAAACUUUUGCCAGAAGAUUGGCUUACCGAUUCUCGGGGUUGUAGAGAACAUGAGCUCAUUCGACUGCCCCAAAUGCGGUGUCUCGAGUAACCUCUUCCCUAAAACGACGGGUGGAGCUGAUUCCUUGCAAGGCAGCGAAGUUAUCGGCCGUAUUCCGUUCGAUCCUCGGCUCACUCGAUGCCUCGAUGAGGGACGGUGCCCCUUCGAAGAAGCGGCGUCUAAUCAACCAGAUAAUUCCUGUAUCCACAGUGGAUUGCCUGUCAUAAACGCGUUUGAAUCAUUAAUCUCUUCAAUCGACGAAAAAUUUUUACAACUCAAGUCCUAG